CCAGAGUUGACCACAGCUCUGUGAGGUUAUUUAUACUCAGCAGUGCUAAAUGUCUCCUACCCAUUAGGGUGGGCUAGACGGGGAAUUUAAUAAAGAUACAGAGGCCAUUGAUUUGAGUUUCACACCUUAAGUAUGGACUGAACCAAAUAGGUCUGUUGACUGACUAAAUGACCCUCUCAGUGGGCCAGGCCUUUUAUGAAGAGCUUCCUUUAUACUGAGUUCGCGUAUGAUUCCUUCUUGCCCUUUGAUGCCGACCCUGACUGCUCAGCCCUGUUCAUUUCAAUUACUUAAGCAGCACGGCGAUGGACAGAAGCUGGAGAAUCUUAUAUCAGAAUACCCCCAAGGACCCAUCCCUACACUAUGGAAUGAUCCUCCAGAGCUACCAUCGGGAGUGGGGCCCCUAGAAACCACCACAACUACCCGCUUCUCAGAUUCUCCAGGCUUCCCACCUUACACUUCUGAUUAUGAGCCAGAGGACACAACCCACCUAAACCAGCUGGAUGAUGGGAAUGGCUCUCUGGGUCCUGGAGCGAUUGGUGCCAUAGUGAUUGCCGCUCUGCUGGGCACAUCGGUGAUUGUGGCCCUGAUUGUCAUCACUCUGCGAAAGUUUUCUGCUUCCUGAAAUCAAUAAAAAGUGUUUUUCCUAGUAA